GGUAAUUUCGCACGCGUUUCUCUUUUCGCUCUUCUUUCUUCGCUCCGCUUUCCUUUCCCUUCUCUGCAAACUAGGAAUCCCCCACUCGCUUUUUGCGGCUAGCGAAGGUCAUUAGUGUAUCCCAUCACAUGGCGAAUAGGCAUACCAUUAUCCUGAUUCAAACCUCUCCAAACCGAGGAACUAGAACAUUUAUGGAUUAUGGGUCAAUAACGCAAGCGAUGGAUGGUAUAUGUGGGCUAUACGAGAGGAAGCUCAGGGACUUGAAUCCGGCCAUCAGAAACAUCACAUAUGACAUUGGAGAUCUGUACAAUUUCAUUGAUGGUCUUGCAGACAUGAGCGCACUGGUUUAUGAUCACUCACUUCAGGCUUUCUUACCCUACGACAGACAGUGGAUCAAACAGAGGACAUUUCAGCACCUCAAGAAAUUAGCAAAUUGAAUGAAGUGUACUCUGCAGCUCAAUUAGAGUGUUUGCUACGAAGAAGAAUGAGAAGCUGAAAUACAGGAAUAGUGUGUGAAGUGCAGAAUUGGAAUCUUGUUUGGUCUCUCUGUUACCUGCAAUGUUGUUAAGUGUAUUAAUCAUACUCACCCACCACCCUUUAUGCCGUGGCAUACCUUGUGCACAUAUAUGUAGACAGUCUCAGCUUUCUCAGAUCAACUGUGUUUUGGUCAAUGUGUUUAAUUGCCAUUCUUAACUAUGUAAUGUAAAAUUUGAAUAUGAACCAAGUGAUUGUAUGUAAACUUGAUUGCAUUGGUGUCAUAUGGUUGGAGUGAGCUA